AUGGAAGCCGCCUUCAAGACAUUCUUCACCUCCCCGCGCUUCGCCGUCGCAGGCGCCAGCUCCGACCGCGCAAAGUUCGGCCACAAAGUCUUCGUAUGGUACCUCCACCACUCCCUCCCCGUCACCCCGAUCAACCCGGGCUCCUCCAGCAUCACCGCCCUCAGCAAGCCCCACACCACCUCGCCCUCCCCGGCCGCCCUCCCGUCCCCCUCCGAGACCGCCUUAUCCGUGAUAACGCCGCCGCCCGUGACGCUGCAGCUGCUGCAGGAGGCGAAGGAGGUCGGCAUCCGUGCCGUCUGGCUGCAGCCGGGCACGUUCGACGACAAGGUGCUGGAGUUUGCCGAGGAGGCGUGGCCGGGCGCGGUCAUCGCCGGGGGGAAGUGGGGGAGGAACGGCGGGCACGGCGAGGGGUGGUGCGUGUUGGUCGACGGGGAGGAGGCGCUGGCGGUUGCGGGGAGGGACUGGUCGCGCUUGUAA